AUGAGUUAUAUGUUGCCUAUUGACCCUGAAGAAAACCUGGAACGGAAUUUGCAAGCAAAGAAAAGAACAAGUUUGGACUUAGGCUUGGGGGAUCUGGGCCUGGAAAUGCCUCAGGUAAUACCCAGUAUUAUAUUCGCUUACCUGAUAUAAGAAGUCAAUAAAUUUUACUUAGGUUUUGAUUUUAUGUGUUUUGAGGUGGCAGUAGAGCUUAUCUCAGCAGAAUAGGGAAGGAAACAAAUUUCUAUUUCAGAGAGUUGAUUGCGGGGGGGGGGGGGCAGCAAGAGGAAAGAGAAUUGCUGGAAAUUCCUGCCUCCUUGUUCCGCUGAUGGAGCCUUGCCACCACUGGAUACAGCCAACGUUGAGUGCUUUAGGAACUUCUUGCUUCUGCUUUUCCAUGACAUGUGAAUCUAGCAUGUAGCAAUUAUCUGAUUCAGGAUGCCAAAGACAAUAUAAUGGGAACAGAGGUAUGGGAAACAUAGGCAUUGGCCUUCCUUUGUACAUAUACAUUUCCAGAUAAUUGCUUAGUAUACAGUCAUACCUCAUGUUAUGUUUGCUUCAUGUUACAUUUUUUCAGGUUGCGUCCCGCUGCGACCCGGAAGUACCGGAAAGGGUUACUUCUGGGUUUCACUGCUCUCGCAUACGCAGUAGCGCUAUGUGCACUUCGCGCAUGUGCACAAGCACUAAAUCAUGCCGCGCACAUACACAGAUGCAGCGCUUCAGGUUGCGGGCUUUUCAGGUUGUGAACGGACCUCCGGAACGGACCCCGUUUGCAACCAGAGGUACCACUGUAUAGGCAGUGAGAAAAGGGAUAGUUCACCAGCCAGUUUUCUUUUGUUUAGCUUAGCAAAUAUGCAGAACAUGUUUUAAAACUGGCUAAACCCAAGCUGUGGCUCCUGAGUGACUGUUGUAAUAAGGUGCUACCAUUUAAAGAAGAGAUGGAAUAUGUACCACAUUAAAGGAAAAUGCUAGCAAUCGCCCAGUAGGAUUUUAUGUUUCUUUGUUACAAACUGGUUGUUUGUGUUACAAAUUAUUAACAUUCUGUUGCAGCCUAGUGUGAGUGGAAUGGACCCUCCUUUUGGGGAUGCCUUUCGAAACCACAUGUUUUCAGAACAGACUCUGAUGAGCACAGAUCUGUUGGCUAACAGUUCUGAUCCAGAUUUCAUGUAUGAAGUGGUAAGUUGCUUGUAUUUUUCUCUGAACUGCAUAAAGCACAGCUUAGCCUCUCUCAAACAAGAGGGGGUGUGCCUUGCAGCAACCUGUGCACCGAAGGCCAGUUUGCUGUGCUUUGCUUCUCUAUUAAAUUUAAUCACUAAUUGAGGAAUCCUCAGUUCCUGAGCCCAGCAACAGUGGCUUCUUGCCAAUGAAAGGCUGACAAAGCUGGCCAAGAAAGAAGUAAAAAAAGACCUGUGCUUGAGCAGACUUCAAGGCAUUGCUGACAUCGCUACAUCCAAGAGGAGUCAGAAGUGGUUGGAUGUUAGAAAAGACGUUUCAAAAGUGAGGGAAAUAGAGAAAGUGCUGGAAGACAACCAGCACUUGGUCCUGCCCCAUGUAGAAUCUCUUGUUGGGCCUGGUGAGGACUCAGUGUUCCAAUCUCCUAUAGUUAUAAUCUGUGGGUUGCCAUCUGAUUUUAUUCUGCUCCAAAUUUGAUUUUAAGCUGUAUUUGUAUCGAUUGUUUGAUUUAUGUUUUUAAUGUAUCAUACUUUGAUGUUAGCCGCCCUGAACCCGGUCCUGGCCGGGGAGGACGCGGUAUAAAUAAUUUUUUCUUCUUCUUCUUCCUCCUCCUCCUCCUCCUCCUCUUCCUGGAAAAAUCCCCCAAGUGAGAAAGUGCCACAAGCUCCCUUGGCAACUUGUUGCCAAUCUGGUUUUUUCCCAUUCGGGCUGUUUUUCUUUGCCUUUAACCAAAGUCCACACUCAGUAGUUAAAACUAUUGCCAUUUGAGCUUUAUUAGUACUAUUUACACUUACUUAAGGCCAAACACAUGGUUGCAGGAUAGUAUUAUCAGUAAAAACAAGAAUUUAAAACAUUCAAAAAAUUAAAAUCGGCAAUGAACUAAAAGCAGAUUAAAACACACAUCAGUGUGCUAGCUAUCUGGGUAAACUUGCCUAAACAGGGUACGCUGAAGGUGCCUGCCUGUUAUCAAUAGGCAGGGAGUCCAUAGUGUAGGUGCACUUACAAGUAUCUGGAUACUGCCUCUGCUCAAAUCUUUUCCUUAAGCUAAUUGUGCUUGAUUCCUUCAAUAUUUCUGAACAGAACUUGUCAAAGACUAUUAGUUAAAUACAAAUGAAGGUGAUUAGAAAGCAAAUAAGAUAUUUUGUAUUUUAUUCAUGCACUUAAAUAAAAUUCUUCAGACUAGAUGAUACAGCUUUGUGCUUUAGAAAUGUGAGAUCAGUGAUCCCUUUCUCUCUUGUCCUAAUUUUAGCAGUGUCACUGACAACUAACUCCGCUCUUAAACUAGAUGAGUCACUUAUUUCUAGGCAAUUAUAAUUGAUGGGCUUUUCAUUGAACUGGGCAUGGGAACUGCUGACCUCUUAAAACCCUUUGAUUCAAAGCUGACAGACAGACAACACAAUCCUAUGCAUGUUUUCUUGAAAUUCCCACUGUGUUCAGUGAGGCUUACUUCCUGGUAAGUGUGUUUUAGGAUCACAGCUGUUGAAGUAUUUCUCCCCUGAGGUAUGAAUAGCUUUUGUAGGUAUAUGUGGUGCAUGUCACCAGCAAAUUAGUGCUUUUUGUGGUGUGGCUUGAGGGUGAAUCCAGAGAGAAAAGUAAUUUACCAUUAUUUACUGACAUUUUUACAUCUGCCACUGUAGGACAGAGAAAUGGAUUACCAGCAGAGUUCCAGGGAUAACCUCCUUUCUGUAGAGGACUGUAAAGAUCUUGAGAACCUGGAGUCCUUUACAGACAUUCUGGAUACUGAAACCUCUUUCCCUGCAAAUUGGGAGCAGUGGGACACUUACUGUGAAGAUUUGACAAAGUACACCAAACUAACCAGCUGUGACAUCUGGGGAACAAAAGAGGUGGACUAUUUGGGCCUUGAUGACUUUUCAAGCCCGUACCAGGAUGAAGAAGUGAUAAGUAAAACUCCAACUCUGGCUCAGCUCAACAGUGAGGACUCUCAGCCUGUCUCAGAUCCACUGUGCUACCCAGAAUUGCUGUUCAGUGUAAAGCAAACCCAGUUAACCUCUUUGCCAACGAAGAAGAUUGCAACCAGAGCAGCAGCCCCCGUUUGUUCAUCUAAGACGGGCCAGGCUGAGGCACCUUUAUCAGAAUCUGCCCUGAAGGGAGGCAAACCCAAUUCAAGCACACAAAUCAUGGUGAAGACCAACGUGUACAAUAAUGAGAAAGUGAACAUUCAUGUUGAAUGCAAAGAUUAUGUUAAAAAGGCAAAAGUAAAGAUAAAUCCAGUCCCGCAGAGCAGGUCUUCCAUGAGCCAGGCAAACGCUGAUGCUGCAAAAGAAAACACCUGCUACUGUGGAGCUGUAGCAAAGAAACAAGAGCGGAAAGGGAAUGACUCCCUUCAGAGUCACAGUCCAGUGUUGCCUUUUAAAGAGACUCAGGCUCUGCUCCUCACUCCACCUCAAGAAACUCCAGGAAUAGUCGCUGAGGAGAACAGCCUCUCUGCCAGCACCUCUGUUUCAGAUCCUUCACAGAAAAAGGAAGAACACAACUAUUCCCUCUUUGUCACGGACAGUUUGGGUGAGCAGGCCGGUGCAGGCAAAGCUGAUCCAGAGGAGGAGGAGGAGGAAGAAGAAGAGGAAGAGGUGGAGGAUGAAGAUCACGAUGAAGGUUUCGGAAGUGAGCAUGAACUCUCUGAAAACGAGGACGAGGAGGAAGAUUACGAGGACGACAAAGAUGAUGACAUCAGUGAUACUUUCUCUGAACCAGGUAAUUUUAAGCUUGUAAUCUAGAGCUAGAUCUGCUGCAGGUAUGGGGGGGAAAGGAAAAAUUUUGAAUGGGUAUGUUGGCAAGGCUGAUGACCCACAUAACACUUUUGUUAGUGGAAGAGUUGUGAAUUAUUUUUCAGUCAUAACUGUUCCCAUGUCCAUGUAGAGACUCUAUUUUUUGGCUGCGUAUGCCUUUGACUAAUGUGGCAGAAGGCUGCAGAGUUUAGAAUGCUGCAUGGUUGUCUUCCUAGUCCUCUUUUCAAGCUUCAGAAUCUUGUUUAGAAAUAACUAGGAUGGUCUCAUCUGGUGAGUUUAAAUGGAAUGCUUUAGAGCCAUUUAAUGCAGGUUUGCCCCUAUUGCUGUGGUGAAGGGGGAAACUGCUGAACUGCAACUUUUUAUGCCUUUCUUAGGGUAUGAGAAUGAUUCUGUGGAAGACUUGAAAGAAAUGACCGCAAUAUCUUGUCGAAAAAGAGGGAAGCGAAGAUACUUCUGGGAAUAUAGUGAGCAACUAACACCAUCACAACAGGAGAGAAUGUUAAGGCCUUCAGAAUGGAAUCGAGAUACACUACCAAGUAACAUGUAUCAGAAGAAUGGAUUACAUCAUGGUAAGAGCAGUCCCUUAACAAAUGUUGUUGCUUUCAGGUGCAUAUGCACCUUUUGAGAAGUUUGUCAUAAUUUUUUUUGCCUUCCGGUUGUAUAAUUGAUUAUAUAUUGUACUGGGUAAUAAUCAUAACAGUGCCAUGGGAGGUUGUAGGAUAAAAACUGUUUCUAAAAUUUGGAUGUAAUUCACAGUAUUCUAGCAACCCAUCAGAUAACCUGCUUUUGUAUAUAUUUGCAUAGGGAAAUAUGCUGUUAAGAAGUCACGGAGGACAGAUGUAGAAGAUUUGACACCUAACCCUAAAAAACUGCUACAGAUUGGGAAUGAAUUGAGAAAGCUGAAUAAAGUGAUCAGUGAUUUGACUCCAGUCAGCGAACUUCCUUUAACAGCUAGACCAAGGUCAAGAAAAGAAAAAAACAAGCUAGCUUCCAGGUGAGGUGGCAUCAUCAUCACCAUAAUAAUAAUAAUAAUAAUAAUAAUAAUAUCACUAGCAGUUAAGAUUACUACAUGCGAAGGUGAGUGGAUUCUUCUGUUUUGACAAGCAUUUUUAGGCUAGCAUUGUACUGGAAAAAGUAGGUUGUGCUGAAGUACCUGGUUGUUUUUCUCUCCCCGUUCCUGCUUUUGGUGUAUGUUUGAGGCAUAUCUGAUUAUGAUGGUGUAAUAUGUCCAGCCUACACAAAUGGCUUCACACUAAGUGAUGCUAUUUAAGUCUAAAAGUUGUCAUACUUUGCAAUAAACAUCUGCAUAAGACUAUGGUAGUGUUAUCAGUCAAGGCUUAAUGAGUGUUGGGAAUUAUCGUUCAGUAUCUUGACUAUUAGAUUAUAACAUCUAAGCUAUUAUAGGUGUCCUUCCCCCCCCAACAGCUUAUGUUUCGUGCCCCCAUGUGCAUAAGGGAAAUUGCAUAAAGUACCCCACUUUAAUAGGGAGAGCAUGUGGGAAAUGGAAAUAGGUGGAGGCUGCUGCCCGGCUUGCCCCAAGCCAGCCUGCCUGCCUGUUUUCCUGAGGAGAGCCAGUGCAUGUGGUUGCAGUGACUGGCCACGGAGGGCGACGGCCAAUAAAGGUACCCAGGAGAACUGGUGUCAGGAUGGGGGCAGGGAGAAGGCGUCUCCUGCCCUGCGCAGCUGGUCAAUCAGAGGUCGCCUUCUCUCGUUCAGGCAGCAGCCCCAGGUGAUUCUGGGCAGCAAGCCUGAGUGAGAGAAUGGCUAUUUAUUUAUUUAGCGGUGACCCAUGUGAAUGGGUGCACGUAGGUGGGGUGGGGAUGGGGGCACCUGUAUAGCAUUGAUGACUGCCAGUACAGUAACAUCAGGUAUGCUCUAAGACAACUAGAUGGAUAUUCUAAGCUUCUUUUUUGCCUUCCAUUAUCACAGAGCUUGCCGACUUAAAAAGAAAGCCCAGUAUGAAGCCAACAAGGUGAAACUGUGGGGUCUCAACACUGAAUAUGGUAAGUCUUUAAAACAGAAAAAGGUUUAAUUAGUAAACUAGUUUCUUGAAAUAACAAAGGGUCGCUUUGUGUGAGCAUGCUGCCUGGACAUAGCAGGCCAUCAGGGUCUACUUGCAGCCUCAGCUCAUGAGGCUUGAAAUCUGAUGGUCCAAAUAUAUAAUGGACAGGUUAUUGUCUCCACAGAAAAUAGUAUCAUCUGUUUUUUAUUAUUAUUAAAUUGAUUAACUACUUUUUUGUCAUGGCAACUCAAAGCAACUUACAAAAAGAAAAAGAAGUAGGACUGGAUGAACACCAGAUGUUUGUUAUAGCUAUUGGCAAGCACCUCUGGAAGAUAAGGCCUUUUUAGCCAUAGCACCUUGCUUGUGUAAUUUUCCCAGGGAGGUUUAGCUGUGGCUUACAUUAAUACCUUUUAAGUGCAUUUUUUUAUUUUCUCCCUUCCCCCUCUGUUCUAUGUUAAGCAUCACUUUUUAUUGUUGUGUUUGUAUUAGUUAUUUCAAAUGGACUUGAAAAUUUUGAAUGAAAGGGGCAUUAUAGCAGAUGUUAAAUGAAUAAAUAGGGAAGUGUAUUCUUCCUUCCCCAAAGGGUGCAUUCCAGUAGAUUUACAUUGUUGCCUGGUCUCUUCUUGCAGAUAACUUGCUGUUUGUGAUCAACUCUAUCAAACAAGAAAUUGUGAACAGAGUGCAGAGUCCCAAAGAUGACAGAGUAGCCAAUAUGGGUCAGAAGCUUGAUGUACUUAUUAAAGAUACUCUUGGUAAGUAAACAUCUAGUGUGAUGGUACCAAAAAUCAUUAGUUUUUCUAAAUGUUGGAAACAAUGCUCGCACAAAUACCAUGACUUUAGACUAUGUUCACCUACUACACUACUACACUACUAUUGACUUGACUUUUUAAAAUCACUGAGAUCUUGCUUUUAACUAAUGCAACCUAACAUCACAACAGCAGAGGCCAUAUUCAGAUGUUUCAGGCAGGGAAUAUACUGUUCCAAACAACUUUUUUAAAGCAAGCAUCUCCAUUGCACUGAGUUUCACAUAACUGCUGAGGAAAUAAGAUGUUUGCUCUAAUCACGCAAAUCAACUUUGUGUGUAAUGUUUUGCUUGGGUGUUGUGAUCACCUAUUGACCUGUGAUCAGUGCCAAUUUUCUAUAAGAAGAGGUGCCAGAACAAACCUUGUUAUCUUAUAAUGGCAGUGACACCCACCGGAGAGGUGCUGGAACUGAUUCCGGCUUGUUCUAGCUGAGAAAAAGCCCUGCUUGUAACAACUCUUAAUCGGCUUCACAUUUGUCUUCAAAUUGUUCUUCCACUUUCCUCCUGACCUACACUUCACCUUGUUUCUAUAAAGAAAAAAGCAUGGUGAAACACCAACAAACUAUCCCCUCCCUUUGUGGGCUGCCCCAUCAUCUAGUCAAGCUUUUUAUACCUACCGCCACUAAUGCAUCUUUCUUGAUGGUAAAAUUUCCUUACCACCCACCAGUGCUCGGUGGAAGGAGGAUUCAGCUUGUGCCCUAGAACCCCCUACCGCCCACCUAGAAUCCUGAAACGCCCACUAGUGGGCGGUAGGAACCAGGUUGACAACCCCUGAUCUAGUGAUACCUUUUCCAGUACAGCACCCACAGUGCCCGUGAGGCCCCUCCCCCAUCUGAAAUGUUUUAUAACGCCAUUUCUGCUGAUUCACUGCAAGUGAAGUGCUGGCCAAUGCUCCAACCCACCAGAAUCUUCAUUCCUCCUGAAUGACACCUGAAUAAAGAGAGGUGCCCUCAACACUUAUUUCCAACUUAAGAUGUGCCAAAAAAAGGUUUGGUACCCUGAUCUAGACACCCUUUCACUUCUCCCUCUCAGACUUUCUCUUAAUUCAUUACUCCAGUGCUAUAGUGCACAAACUACCCCCACACCAACCCCCCCCCCCACAUCUUCAGGAUUCUGGUCAUUGGUUAUACACUUCACAUACUCCCUAUUAUGUUGCAAUGAAAAGCUGUAUUUUAGGUAGUGGAUCAAACUCAGCACCAAGGAGCUACUAGGACUUCAGCAGACAUUAAAUGGUCUGAGUAGGUCUUGAACAAACCACUGUUUGCCUUGUUUGUUUUCCUUAAUAUUCUAUUAAUUUUUUCCAAUUUUUAAAUUAAUUUUCCAAAAAAGUUUUUUAGACAAACAAAUAAACAAACAAAAAUCUCAACCAUAUUUAAACCAAACUUAAUAACAUUGUUAAGUGACUUCCUCAUAUCCCCCUGGAUGGAUUUCGUUGUAUAUCAUUUUAACGGUUUUCCAAAAGCAGUAUUCUUAUAAAAUUAACUUCAUCACUUAACAUCUUUCUUUCUUUACAAUUCAACAUUAAACAUAUUAAUUCAUCACACUGCAUGUUUAAAUCCUAGGCCUGUCUGGUGCUUGCAAGCUUUUCCAGUUAAUUUAACUUAACAUAUUUAACUAAAUAUUCUUUAAAUUUCCUCCAUUCCUCCUGAUACUCCUCCUCCUUCUGGUCGCGGACUCUUCCAGUCAGGUUGGCCAGCUCCGAAAAGUCUAUCAUCUUCAUCUGCCAAUCUUCCACUGUUGGUACUUCUUGUGUUUUCCAGUUUGUCGCUAACAAAAUUCUAGCUGCGGUCGUGGCAUACAAAAAUAAUUUAACGUCUUUCAUGGGCAAUUCCAAACCUGUUAUUCCAAGAAGAAUGUUUUCCUUAAUAUUCUAGGAAAUGCUGCUGUCUAACUCAGGGUCUCUGGUUUUAUGUUUGUGCAUUUUACUCUUUUUCUUCAUUAUUGGCCCGUCUUCCUAAUUUUUGACUUUCAAACCUGUUACCUAUUCUGACAAAGAUCCUUUCCAGGGAAGUAGAACCUGUCUUGGCUGCACACAGCAGAUAUGUAUCAGGAUCUGCCUCACAGGCCAAAUGCGACAAGUGGGUGAGGCCCCCCCACCUGUCAAUCAACUGAUGUUACAAACGACAUCAGGAGAUUUGGUGCUCUGAAGUUGUGAAACUGGAACUUCAAAGCAUCUAGGCAGCAAAGUGCCGCUAAAUGCAAGUUUAUUUCCUUUGUUUCAGUAAAACAGCUGUUGUACUUGGGAAGUUGCGCAAGGGGGCUUCGUCCAAGCUCUGCCAUUAUCUGAUGUCAUACAAAUGUAGGGUAGAUGGGCGUGGCCUGCCCAAAACAGCCUCACAGGCCAAAUAGUUGGGCCUGGUGUACCAAGAAUGACCUGAGGGGUUGAGGUUCCCCACCCUCAUUUUAUAUGUGUAGGCACUAACAAAUCCUGAAUUAACAAUGAGCAGAAGGCAGAAAACACACAUCUGAAUAUAUGUCUUCAUUCAUUUUUUCAGGGCCACCUGUAUCUGGGCAAACAUCAGAAUUUGUGAACCAAGUUUUAGAAAAAACAGCAGAAGGAGAUCCUACAGGAGGCCUUGUAGGGCUACGAAUACCAACAUCAAAAGUUUAG